AUUUUUUGAUCACUCAAUGCUAUUUCAUAUAUUAAAACUCGUAUAGACUUCAAUAAUCAAAUGAAAAUGGAAGAAAUUGAAAAUGAAAACGCACUCUUAGAUGUCGAAACUAAAUUCCCUCUUUUACCAUUCGAAAAGCAAAUAUUUGUUGAUAUUUAUGAAAAAGACGCUCUGUUAAUAAUGGCCAAAGGCCUUAAUUAUAAUAUGAUUGUUUCAAAUCUACUUUGGCUUUAUAACAAUCCUACAAACUUAGUCAUAGUUUUAAACAGCAAUGAGCAUGAAGAAAAAUAUUUUUGUGAGAAAUUUAAGUUACCAACCCUGCCAAAUUCUGGGACUGAAAGGGCAAAAAGAUAUUUGGAUGGAGGUGUGUGUUUUGCUUCUACAAGAAUUUUUGUAGUAGAUUUCUUAAAAGAUAGAGUUCCAAUCUCUCAAAUAACUGGAAUAAUAGUGCUGAGGGCUCACACUGUUUUAGAAUCAUGUCAAGAAGCUUUUGUUUUAAGAUUAUACCGACAGAAAAAUAAGACUGGAUUUAUUAAAGCAUUUUCCAAUUCACCAAUUUCUUUCACAUUUGGUUAUCAUCAAGUUGAAAAAGUUAUGCGGGCACUCUUUAUUACUGAGCUAUUUCUAUGGCCGAGAUUCCAUGGCACUAUAAUAAAAAGUUUUAAAAGUAGACCAUCUGCAGAAGUAACAGAGAUACACAUACCCCUCAGUACAAAUAUGGGUAUUAUUCAGACCUGCCUUCUAGAUAUUAUGAACUACACUGUGAAACAAGUCAAAAGUAUCAAUAGGGGUUUGGAUAUGCAAGAAAUAACAACAGAGAAUUGCAUAACCAAGAAGUUCCACAAGAUUCUGCAGUCGCAACUGGACUGUGUGUGGCACCAACUGAGUACCAGGACUAAGGAAUACAUACAGGAUCUGAAAGUUUUGAGAUCUAUGAUCAUGUACUUAAUACACGACGAUUCUGUGUCAUUUUACUCUCUCGUCAGUCAAUACAGAACACCGGAGUAUGCUAAGAUUAACUCUGGAUGGAUACUUCUAGACGCCGCCGAACAGUUGUUUCGCACUAGCAAAACGAGAGUUUUCAACUCUAAAAAUGAAUUUGAUCCUGAGCCUGUACCAAAAUGGAAGCACCUGAUGGAUUUACUUCUGAACGAAAUACCAGAGAAAGCCAAGACAAAAAACAGUGGGUCUAUAAACAACACCAAAGUGUUAGUCUUGUGUCAGGACAAUAAGACUUGUUGCCAACUAAACAACUUACUAACUAUGGGCACCAACAAAUAUCUCUUCUACACAGCAUUCAGAAGAGAUAUAGCCAUCAAUAAUGUAGCUAAAAAGUUUUCAAAAUUGAAAAAUGUAAUAAAGAAAGAGGAGAAGUCGAAAGAAAGUGAAAGUAAAAUAAAUGAGUUGGAUGACGACGAGGAAUUGGAUGAUCUAAAUAAGACGAAUUAUGUGCUGACCUUAACACAGAUGGUUGACGACUCUAAGAUGUCUGAUGAAAGUAUAUUUGAGCCAAUGACACAGAUGGAAAACUUAGAUCUAACCCAGCUAGAGAAUGAAAAGCCGAUUGUCUGUAUACAAACAUUCAAGCAAAACGGCAACUAUUUCUCAUUGGAGCAGACGUUGGAGGGCUUGAGACCGGAGUAUAUAAUAAUGUACCACAGUGACAUAGCCGCUGUAAGACAGAUAGAGUUGUUCCAGUGUCGGAAGAAACCCGACGAACCGGUAACCAGUGUAUACUUUCUGAUGUACGAUAAAACUGUUGAGGAACAAGCAUAUUUGACCGCAUUGAAACGGGAAAAACAGGCAUUUGAGCUGCUUAUUCAAGCAAAGAGCGUGAUGGUGAUACCGUCAUAUCAAGACGGGAAGACAGAUGAAUAUUUCGAUAUGAAUGUUGAGGAAGUGGAUACUAAUGCUGACACGAGGAAAGCAGGUGGUCAGAAUCAACAAAAAGAGAAGCCUUUAGUGAUAGUGGAUAUGCGCGAGUUCCGCUCCGACCUGCCCGCGCUACUACACAAGAAGGGGAUCAACAUAGAGCCAGUUGUAAUCACCAUCGGUGACUACAUCCUGACGCCGGACAUCUGCGUGGAGCGCAAGUCCAUCUCCGAUCUGAUCGGCUCCCUCAACUCCGGCCGCCUGUUCACGCAGGCCACGCACAUGUGCCGCGCCUACGCCAGACCGAUUCUGCUCAUAGAGUUCGACCAGAACAAGCCCUUCAACCUGCAGGGCAGCCUGGUGGUAUCGAGCGAUAUUUCCGGCAUAGAAAUCCAGAAGAAGCUGCAACUGCUCACGAUACACUUCCCGCGACUGAAGCUAGUGUGGUCGCCGAGCCCCUACGCCACGGCUGAAUUGUUUUAUGAACUCAAACAAGGCAGGAAGAACCCAACGGCGGAGGAGGCGAUGUCGUUAGGCGGUGACUUCACUUCAGACGACAUUAACUACGAGCGAUACAACGUUCUAGUACACGACUUCGUACAGAAGCUCCCCGGUAUCACAACUAAGAACAUCACUAGGAUCAUGAGUAGAGGUGUAUCGCUGGAUCAUUUGGUCACCUUGUCUAAGGAACAAUUAGCAGAAAUAAUCGAAAAUAAGAAUGAAGCUGAAGCAUUAUACUCAAUAUUACACGUUAAAUCCAAGCCCAGCGAGAGCGACAAAAAGGGACAAAAAGGUUUGCCCUUCAAAAAGAGAUUUGCAGGACUGCCGUCGAAAAAAACAAAACAAUAAGUAGGAAAUUAUUUAUGGUAAGGCAUGUACAGUAAGUUAUUAAAAUAAUCUAGUAGGUAAAAAAUAAUGUG